UCCAGUUUCAAAAACGCGCGCCCUAAAACUGGAUACUCCAAGGCGGCAUAGAGAGAUGCAGAGGGAGUUCGCUGCGGCGGCGCUGCCUCUGCGAGCGCGCCUCCUUCACUUUCUCAUCGAAUCUGCUCAACAACUCCAACUCGCUCCGAUAGUGAAAUACACCGCACUGUCCCUCUUCGCUCAUCGAUUCUACCCUCGAUGUUUAUCCCGGUUGGAGGAACGGGCAAAUGAUGUGGCAAACUGGCUUUUGUAUCCCUUGAGAGAAAGCAAUUUGCAGCUGUUUGCGCUUGUUUCGCUGUGGAUUUCAACGAAAAUACACACUUCUCUGCAUUUGUCUGUGAAGAUAUUCAAGUCUUUGGGGGACAGCAUCAUCAAGGAGCAACACUACACCGUUCGAGAUUACUUGGAAGCGGAGGUGGUUUUAAUGCAGGAAGUGAAUUUUGAGAUUGGCAUCAACAAUAUUGCUUUUGUACACUUCGAAGAGCUUCUGCUCCAAUUUAAGGGGGUGGCAAAAGUUGGGGAACUUGUGAACUUUGAAGCAGGCAUGGACAUCAUGGAUCUUCUUUACGAAAAGGAGGAGACAUCGAUGCUCUACACCAAUCCUCGCUCUCUCGCUGCAUCAGUCUUGGUUGCUUCAUAUAUCAUCACAGUACCUAAACAGAUGUUGGAAUUUCCUGUUCUUCCUUGGGUUAAGUUUGUAACAGGAUGCGAUGAAGAGUUUAUUCUUGAUACUGUCACAGGCAUUCUUAAGCACGUUUUCGACGCUUCUCGCUAGAUAGGACUUCUGAACAGAGCAGCUAAUAUGGUGUGAAAGUAGUGGAUUUGUUGAGCGGCCAAUCCAAUCCAGAAAGGCGAGUCUCUCGACUGUGGACUUGCGGGAGAAGCAAAGAGUGUGGAGUGAGAGAAAAGCGA